AUGCAAGAUAUCCUACCUAACAUAGAGGAUGCCCAAUGGACAUCUAAGGCUUCUACCCUCACCAUCACUCGCUCGGGCAGAACUAGUGAGAUCGUAGUGAAAACAGUCAACAAGUUCAAAAUCACAGCCAAUGUGGUUCCCAUCGGCAAGGAGGAGUCCAGGAUCCACAACUACGGCAUAACCGACGAUGACUGCUUCGCUCAUCUCGACCUCAGCUUCUGGUUCUACACUCUCAACGGCGCCGUCAAUGGGGUGCUGGGUCAGACCUACGCAGACAACUACAAGACUAGAGCCAAGAUGGGCGUGAAGAUGUCGGUGCUCGGCGGCGAGCGCGAGUUUUUGUCUUCGGGGCUCUUCGCCACUGAUUGUGCAGUGGCACAGUUUAAAAGCACAUGA